AAUAACUUAUAUAUACAUGUAUACGCUUAGAAAAAAAUUACAUAACGGUAGUGAACAAGAUAGUUGGUGUAAAUAUGUCUUUUAUAACGAAGAGAGAGCGCGUUUUCAACGAAUAUGACCUUUUCGACUUACCAGCUAGAAACGAAGGGAAGUUGAAGGCUUACGCGUCAUGUACGGACGCGAGGGCGUGGUCUCACUUCUGUUCGGACAAGAGUGAGCACUUGGUGGAAAUUAUAAAGAGGAAUAACGACAAAUGCAGAACGAAGUAUGUGCCAACAGAUGUGAUUGUAGAUACGUUGAUGGUCGCCAAAAAUGCUGAGAUUGGCCGACUUAAACGUAGGAUAGAAGAAUUUGAACAAAUGUUAGCAGCGUACGAUCAGCUCGAACUCACGUGCGAACAGAAAUGUGAAAUAGCGAAUGCUCACGCGGCGAUAAAAGCAGCUAAUAAAGAAUUAGAUGAGUUGUACCUAGAUUUAGAUCUGUCUGGGUUCACAGAGGUAAAGUCAGACGCUUUUGAGACUGGCAAAUCGACGGGCGAUGAGGUAAUUAAAGAAAAUUUGUUUCAGGGCGACAAAUCUCGCGGUGACGAAUGGACGUUCGAGAAAGCACCAACUACAACAAUGGAGAGCAAAGGAAUCCAAAUGGGACUAGAACAUCCAUGCGAUGCGAGUACUUCUGUUACCGAUCCGAGAAUACAAGAAAUGCAGGACACUAUCAUUAGUAAGGAUGCCAAACUAAACGCUAUGCAAAACACUAUUGCCGUCAUGGAGAAUGACGUUUGCGAACCCUAUUGCAUCUACGCACACAUUUACACGGCUUUAGAAAAAAUAUUUGGCAUACUUUGCCAAAAUGACAAGUAUAAACUGUACCUAAAUUUGAUGACAGAUGGGAAAGAUAUCUCUUGUGUAGAUAUAAAGGGAAAAAUACUUUUUAAACUAAAAGUGCUUGAAAAAUUUUGUCUUGCACUCAUAGCACCUUGUUCCCAAGAAACCAAUUCUACAACUCAAGACUGUUCAUGCUAUCGUGCUGAAAUUGCAUUUGCAUUAAAAUCAGCGGAAUCCCAACAAUUGAGUCUAGACAAUAAAAGAGCACACCUCGUUGCAGAUAUUAUGGAAAAUGAAGAAAUGAAAGAAAUACUAAGUAAAGAAAAUUGUCCAGAAAAAAAUGACAAUGAACAAGUUGAUUAUUAUUUUGCUAUAGAUGAUUAUAAUAUAAACACGGAAAACUUGAAUAGGUUAAAAAACUUACAAGAAAAUUACAACGAUUUAAUGGCAUGCUAUGAGAGUUUAAAACAUGAAAGGAAUUUCUUGCAAAUGCGCUGUCAAAAGUAUGAAGAACUAGAAAUAGAUUAUGAAAAUUUAAAAGCUCAGCUAAAAGAAUAUAAUAAUUUAUGGAAUGAAAAAGAACGUUAUAGAAAACGGUCUGUAGACCUCGACUCAUUAAAGGAACAAUAUUUAACAUUAUCAGAUGAAACAUCAAACUUAGAAACACGGCUUAGAGCAGAGAAAGAAAUUAAUCGUAUAAAAGCUGAUACAAUUGAAAGACUACAAGCUGAAAAUAUUACUCUUGAAAAAAAAUUAAAUGAUUCUUUAAUUGCUUUUGAAAAAGAAAAAAACACUUUACAAUGUAAAUUAAAAGAGACAGAGUGCCAAGUAAUGUGUCAAGAACAACAAAUCAAGAGUUUGUCCGUUCAAGUAGAUAGACUUCUUGAACAAGACCAAGAGAAGACUCAUUCUCACGAGGUCGCAACGCAUUCGCUUUUAUUGAUGGACGAAAUAGAGUCUUUAAAAGAUCAAAUCCGGAAUCUAAAAGAAGCAUUGUUUUGCAAUGAAGAAGAAAAACAAAACUUACAAUUAGAAUUCCAAGAAAAACUAAAAACUAUCAACGAACUAAGAAUAGAUAUAGAUGACUGGAAAACUACGUAUGAAAAAAUGCUUCAACGUAAUGAAUAUAUGAAAAAUGAUUAUGAAGAUGAAAUAUUAAGAUUAAAAGAAGAAAAUGUAAUGUUAUCAGAAAACGUGAAACUAAAAGAUACAGAAACAAAUAAUUUAAUCAAUAUGAUAAGCAAUAAAUCUGAACAGAUAGAAAAACUUAUGGAAGAAAAUGAAUAUAAAAAUAAUAAGAAUAAGGAUUUGUUUAAACAACUUCAUGAAAUUCAAGAAAUGUAUGACAAUCAUGUACAGAAGAUUGAGAAUGAAAAAAAACAAGCUAUCGAAUCAUUAACAUUAGCAAAACAAGAAAGUCAAGAAUUAUUGGAUAAAGUAAAAGAUUAUAAUGAAAUUAUAAAUAAAGAACAUGAGAUAAAAAUAUCACUUGAAACUCAAACUAAAGAUUACAAGGAAAUGCAAGACAUAUUAUUUAACACAAUUGAAGAAAACAAAAGCUUACAAAGCGAUUUAAGGGAACAAAAAAGCAACAAUUCUGUUUUAAUUCAAGAAAUCAAAAGACUACGUGAAGAUAAUAUAGAUGCUGUUAAUAAUAUUAAUGCCUUAAAUAGCGAAAAUAAUCAAUACAAGACAUCAUUAGAAUUAACUAAAAAGAAAAGCGAACUACUAGAAACUAAUUUACGUGAAACAACAAAUAUACUUGAUAAUGCAAUGGAGUCGAUACAAUUAUCUAAAAGUGAAAAUCAAGAUUUAAAAGAUGAAUUAAUAAAACAGAAACAAAAAUUUGCUAAUAUACAAAGUUCUUAUGAUACUCUUUUGACUGAAAAAAAUAUGCUUCAAAAUGAUUUUAAUGUUAAAGUACAAGAAUAUAAUAAUAUACACAAUAAUCUGAAAAUUAAAAUAGAGUUUUUAGAAAAUAAUCAAAAAACAGUUACAGAUAAUAUAGCUGUAUUACAAAAUGAAAAUGCACAUACAACAGCAUCAUUAAAUGCUCUCAAAAAAGAAAAAUCGUUAUUAGCCAAGAAACUAAAAGAUAAUGAAGAAUUAAAAAACGAAUUAGAGGAACUAAAAGUAGCUCUCGAAGAAAUAACAAAGGAUAAAGACGAAUUAAAUAAAGAAUUACAGGAAAAAGAUAUACAAUUAACAGAGUUAAAAAAAAUAAAACAAGAAAAUAAUAACUUACAUAAAGAAAGUCAACAUUUAUUAACACAUAGUGAAGAUUUAGAAAAAUCUUUACUAAAUGCAAGAAAUCAGCUAGUUGAAAAAUCUAUGACUCCUCAAAAUUUGUACAAAACAGUUUAUAAAGAAAUCGAAGAAAUGAAAAGAGAAAAAUUAUUAAAUCACAACAGAAUCAGAGAGCUAUUAGAUAAAUUAGAUGAAUUGGAAAAUAUCAUAUCUACUCUUAAUGAAGAUAUUUCAGCUCGUGAUUACAAAAUUUCAAUUUUACAAAAUCACAUUAAUCAAUUAGAAGAGGAAAUUCGACAAUUACAUAAAAACAUAGCCGAAGCAGUUGAUACAGGAGAACAGAUAAGUAGCACAAGUUACGAGAAAAUUGAUCAGUCUCUUAAAAUAAUAGAAACCCAUCAUUCAAGAGCAACGCAUAACAUGAAAAUGGAAUUGGCUCAGUUACAAAAUGAAAAAUAUAUACUUGAAGAACAACUUUCAGCUUCGAAGUUAAAAACAGAGAAUUCAAUUCAUGACAAAAGUAAAUAUUUGUCCCAAAUAAGAAAUCUACAGAAUGAAAGAGACAUUAUAAUUACCGAUAUUAAACAACUGGAACUUAAAAGUGUAGGCGACAGUGCUUUAUCUCCAGAUAAGUGUGACAUCGAAGAUGUUUUAAUGUCACUAGAUCGAAUAAGUAAAAUUUUAGACGAAAAGAGUUCUAAAAGUAUUUCUUUGGAGCAAACAUUACUAAAAGUUCAAACGUCAUCACAAUUACUCUUAAGUGAGGCAAAAGAAAUUGUAGAGAAAGAAAAACAAAAAAUUAUAAAUGAAAAAGAAGAAGCUAUUCGAGACAGAAUCAAUAUGGAACAAAAAUUAGACGAAUUGAAAUGUCAGUUAGAAGAACAAAUUUCUAGUGAUAAAAAGAUUAUAUUAGAUCUGGAAGCUAAACUACUCAAUCAAAAACUUAUAACUGAUAAAAUAAAUAAAUCCACUCAGAAUUAUAUAUCCAAAUUAGAAGAGGAAAUCCAAUCUCUUCAAGAUUUAUAUCAAAAUUCAUUAGCGAAACUCAACGAAUUACAAGAAAAAGUACAGCAUUUAUCUGAAGAUAAAAUUACGAAUUUAGAAAAAAUAGACAAAAUUUAUUCUGAAUUGAAACAGAAAUGUAAAGAUAUUUCAGAAUUACAGAAAACUCUUGAAAUGAUAAAAAAUAAACAAAAUAUUAGCGUUGAAAUUCAGACUAGCUUGACAAAUAUUCAAAGAAGCAUCUCUUCUGAAACAGAUAGUGAUUUGCAAAAGAUUGAUUAUAAUAACUCUUUGCACGCCUCAGAAUUUUACAGUCGCAAUAUCAAUACAAAUAAAACAUUAAUUAACCAUUCGGACAAAAUAGAUGAUAAUAACAUUUCCAGUAUUAUUCUUGAAAAGAAACCAUAUCUUAAUGAAGUACAAAUAUUGGCUGCCAAUAUUGAACCUUCAUAUGAUUUUAUUAGAAAUAGUUAUUUAAAUUAUAAAAUUCAACAAUUAAGUAUAGGUCAUCUAGAACAGUACUCAUUUUCUAAUGAAGAAUUAUCUAACCAAACUAAUAAUGUGAAAAAUGAUUAUUCUCUUAUGAAUGAGAAAAAUGUACCUAAAAUAUAUGAAUGCCCGAAUUUUAUUGAUAUUUACAAUAAACAAUCCUUAUACACUAAUAACUCAUCUAAAACCUUAGAUGACCAAACAUAUAAUAAUAGUCCUCAGAAAUCCAACGCAUUUACUGAAUUAGAUUUUACAACUGACAGUUUUAAUACUGUUGGUAAUAGUAAAAAGUAUAAAAAUAGUACUAUUACGAAUUCUUCAUCAGGAAAAUCCACAGAUAAAGAUCUAUUUAUUAUUUACCAUGAUAAUGGAAAUAAUUACGAUAACUCAUUUUAUGACAAUAAGAAAACGUGGAAUAAUCAGUCUCAACAAAUAUUGGUUGAAUCUGUAACUGUUGCGCCUCAAAUAAUUAAUAAAUCUAAAAUUGGUAUUAACAAAUAUCAAAACCAGAAUCCACAUACAAAAGAAAAAUAUAUAUAUCUUAAAGGAGAAGAAAAUGAUAAUGAUAGUGUAAAGCCAAAACUUAGAAUUAAUUUGCCCUUUAUCGAUAUAGAUAAUCCAACUAUGUCUGAUAAUGACAAGAAAUCAUUAGAUUCGUACAAGGUGGCACUAUAUUCAACUCCAAAACAGGUAAUAAGUUUAGAUAGUAAUGUAAAUGAAAAUAUUAAUAAGCCAACUCAAGACAUUUUAUCUGUACCUACUACAUCCAAUGAAAGUCAUGAUGAUUCAAAUUGUUCAUUAGAAAUAUCGUUGCAUAAAAUUAAGGACUCGACUGAUAAAAAUAAUAAGAUGGCUAAUGCAUAUAAUCAUCUGCUUUCCAAAGAAUCUCACUAUAAACUUUCACGAGUUGGUGCCGAUGUAUUAUUAAUUAAAUCUAACAUUGACAAUAAGGAUUCAGUGGAUUAUAAAAAUAAUUAUAGCUUAAAAAAUAGUCCAAGGCAAUCAUUAGAGAAUUUUGGUCUGCAAUACAUAUUACAUAAAGUAAAGCAAGAAAUUAAUUCAGAACACAAUAUUCAAACGACAUUGAAAAUUAUACGAAAAAGUAAAAGCGACGAAGGAUUUAAUCAAUUAAAAUCACGUGAAAUAAGUGAAUCUAGUCCAUUAAAAUUAAGUCCUCUAAAACUGUCAUCUAUUGAAUAUAAAAUUACAUCAAAUCUGAGUACAAGCAAAUCUAGUAACGGUAGCAAAACGAAGUCAUUUGUAGAACGUAGUGUUAUGGCUAAAGUAGGAGAUUCAGAAAAUUAUGAAAGUAAAAUACAAUCUUUAACAAAAACGUUGGAUAAUAUUGAAAAAGACUAUAAGAAAAAAAUUGAAGUUAUUAAGAUACAUUAUGAUAGCAAUAUAAAGAAUAUAAUCAAUAAGCAUAAUCAAGGAGUAAAGAGUAUACAGAAUUUACAUGAAGAAACUCUACAGGAUAUAAUCACUAGACAUGAGAAUGAAGUAGAAAGCUUAAGAACUUUCAGUAUUGAAGCUUUGCGGAAAUCAGAUAAGCUUGAAAAAGAAAUUCAAAAGUUAAAGACGAAAAUUCAAGAUUCUUGUUACGAUACUGAGCCAAUAAAAAUAACGCCUCAUAAUAAUAAGAAGCGAAGACGAUCUCGAAUAGAUACUAAAACACUCACUAAAACUAAUGUAGAGGCUUUAAAUGUUAGACCGAAGUCACGAUUCCACGGACCCUGCACGUGUUCACUUGAUAUCAACAUAUCAGAUACCAUACGGAAUAUAUUUGAUCAAGUUGAUGUCGAACAAAGAAAAAUGGCUGAACAUUCUUAUAUGAAGUACAUUGCUAAUAAGAUAUUAAACAAUACUAUUGAGGCCUUGGACACUCAAGAGUUAUCAUUUUUGCAUUUAAAAGUGUGUCGCACUUGGAAAAUGAAAUUGAAUAAAGAGGAGGCCCUACAAAAGAGAAUAGACUCGUUAGAAAAUGAGCUGUUGAACAAACAACGCUUCGCCCAACAGCACAUUGCAGAAUUAGACCGUAAGGUCGCAGAAGAAAGACGCCAGCUACAAAAAGUGCGCGAGGCAGUUUGUCGGCCGGAUAUCAGUCCCGUGCAAGAUGCACAAAAUACGCCGCUUCCGCUACCACCGCCUCCGCUACCUACAGCUGCUGAGAAAGAUCUGAUGUGCAAAUGUAACACUGCAUCGUGCAGUGUAGAGCAGGCAAACAGAUGCAGUAAUGCCGGUACUUCAAAUUUAGAAGUAAUAGAGAGAAGGUCAGCUGGUGACCUCGUAAAAGGUCCCCUGAACUGUAGUCUUCGACCGAAACGUACCAAAAUUGAUUCGAACAGAGCAAUUGUAACCAAACUAGAUGCUGAUGGACGUUGUGAAAAAAAGUUUUAUAGUGAUGAAAUGCCAACUCGUUUAAGAAGACCUCAUGCAUCGCACGGCGCCGAUCGGCAAACUCUACAACGGACAUGCAAACGUAAUACCCGGACUUGACCUUACUAGAAUUUGGCAUUCCAAUGUAUGGAAGAUACAUGGAGUUUACAAUUGUAAUCAAAAUGGAACUGAAUAUCUUUUUUAAAAUCUAGACAUUUCUAGAAAUUUUUGUGAACAAAAUUUGAAAAAUAUCACAGUGUGGAUGUGCUGUAAAUGUUUUGUGUACUAAAUUGAAGAUUUUGAUUUAUUUUACAUAUAUGUUUUUGGUAAUUUAUAUCUGUAUUUUAUUUAUACACGUUA